AUGUAUAUGAAAAAAGACUCAUAUAAGCAUUAUUACAAGAACGUACAUAAGUAUUCAAACAACACGGGGAAAUCAAAGAAACUAUUUAGUGCUCAGAGAAUUAAGAAUUUAGCUAAAGAUAAAAAAUUAUUAGAUGAUGCUUUAUUAGAUUGUUAUGGACGAUUCAUAGCAUUGCUUCCAGAAUUUUUAUUAAAAGACCAUGUGCAUUUAUAUUUUCAAAUUCAAGAAGCUUAUUGGUGGUAUGAUGAUAUGUGGCAAGACAAAUAUCCUGAUAAAUUACCAAAAUUAAGUUUAAAGACAUUUGGCUAUUUAAUAUGUGAUGAUUGCCCGAUAUUAAAAAAAUAUGUACCUCCUUCAGCUCAUGAAAAAUUUUCAUUAAAUUGGAGACGAUAUUGUAGAACUAUACCUUUAAGAGGAGCAAUUUUGUUGAACCACAAUUUAAAGAAAUGCUUAUUAGUAAAAGGGUGGAGUACAGAUAACUGGUCUUUUCCCAAGGGUAAAAUUGAUGAGCUUGAAGAAGAUUCUGUUUGUGCUUGUAGAGAAAUUUAUGAAGAAAUCGGAAUAGAUAUAUUUCCAUAUAUAGAUGAGCAGGUGUACAUAGAAACACAUAUUGAAGACCAACCAAUUAAAUUAUUUAUAAUACCUGGUGUAAAGGAAGACACACAAUUUCAACCCAAAACAAGAAAAGAAAUAGGAGCGAUUCGAUGGUUUGAAAUCGAAAAAAUAGAAAAAUUUUUCUUUUAUAAAAAUUAUAAAGGAAAAGGAUAUAAUUUAUUAUUUGAUAAUAAAAAAGAACGUAUUAAUGCUUCAGUGGUUUGCCCUUUUAUACCAAACUUAAUAAAAUGGAUAGGAAUAUUAAAAAAAUGUAUAAAUGGAAAAUCUUUGGAUGAAAAUGCAUAUGUAUCAAGUAGUAUAUUGUCAUAUAGGUAUCAAAUAACUGGAAUUGAUGCAAAUAUUAUUAAAAGUCUUCAAAAGGUCGACGCAGAUUCAACUGAAAUGAUAAAAACCGCUUUACCUAAAAGUGAUGAUGAAGAUUUUGAUGGGUAUUAUGAUAAUUCUGAAUAUGUAACAAAAGAUGCGAAAAUGAUGGAAUAUAAUAACAAAGAGCAAAUCGAAUUAUCAGGAAAAAAUGAAAACAAUUAUAAUGAAAUAAAUGAUUUAUUAAACACAUACAUGAAAAGUAAGGAUAGCAAUCGAAAUAUAGAAAAAAAAGGAGGAAAUAAUAUUUUAUAUAUGAAUGGGGGAAAAACUGUUCAAAGCAAUUCGCAUCGUAAUGAUAUACAUAAUGAGGCUGUUAAUCAUACUAUUUCCAAUGAAAAUAAUAACGAAAAAAAAGAAACCUUUCCAAUUUUAUUAGAAAAAAAAAGUAUAGGGAAUUUAAAAAUAUAUGAGCAUGUAGAAAGCUAUAGUGAUGAAUCAAUCGAUUUUUUAAAAAAGGGAGAUAAUGUGAAAGAUCAUCUAAAAGUUGUACAUUCUUCGACGGCUAUGAAUGAUAUGCUAAAAUUUUUAGAAAAUGAUGAACAGGAAGAUAGUUGUAAUGAUGGUAAUAAGAGUGAGAUACCCAAAACUUAUAAUAAUAGAAAUAUAUCCAAUACAAAUAACACUGAUGAGACUGAUGAGAACUACAGUAAUAACAGUAAUAAAAUUAAUGAGAAUAAAAUGAGCAUUAACAAAAAUAACGGUGAAAAAAAAUUAAUUAAAGAUGGGAGUAAGGUACUUGGUAUAGGAAACAAUAAUUAUCGUGAUAAGAUGAUAGUAACGAAUAAUGAUUGCAAAAGUACUUUAGUAAAAUAUAUUAACAAAGAUGCAAAAGGUAUGGAUUAUAAUAAAAAAAAAAAAAUAAGUAUUAGUAGUAAUGGAAGCAUUAAUAAUAAUAAAGGGAACUAUGAAAAUUCUAGGAAUAACCGAAAUGUUAAGAACGGUAGAAAUAAUAAGCAUAAUAAUAUAUAUGGAUAUAAUUUAAAUAAUAAUAAUAAUAAUAACAAUAAUAAUAAUUAUAACUAUUAUUAUAAUAAUACGAAGGAAUAUAAUACGGCUAUGAAAGGUGGCGAUUUGGAUUAUUACGAUCGAAAAUACCGAUAUAAUUUUAAUAAAAUAAAAACGGGUCAUUUAUCAGCUUUACGAUUGAAAGAAGUAGGUUUAAGAAGUUUUGAUGAUCAAGAUAUAGAUAAGAGGAAAAAAUUGCAUUUACAUAUAUAUGGAAAUAAAAAAAAAUUAUAUAAAACAAAUAAAGAUUUAUAUAGGUAUAAUCAAAAAAGCAUGAAAAAUGGGUACAAAUCAUUAGAUGAUGAAUCAGUUCAUUAUAUGCCAAUAAAACAUAAAACAAAAGAUGCUUGUAAUGAUAAAACUUUUGGUUACAAUCAUUCAAAUGGUUGGAGUCCCGAGGAUAUGUUUAAAUUAAAUGAAGAAAAAUUCGGUGUCCAUUCGACUUAUAACAUAGAUAAAUAUACUACUCCAUUAAUUUAUAAUGAAGAAUGUGCAUCACAAGUUAAUAAAAUUGCGAUGCAAAAAAUAAAUUUUAAUCAGAAACUAAAGUUGGGUAAAAAUGGGAACGAUAAUGGAAAUAAACUAAUUACAAUAGCCAAAGCUAAUAAUAUAAAACCUACUAGCACUAUUAAUAAUCAUACUAACGACCGAGAAACCAUUAAGGAGGGAACGAAUAGAAAGGGUGCCAUGGCGAACCGGGACGAGCAUAAGCAUUCAUUAAGUAAUGGAAAUGAUACAUAUGGAAUUUUGUCUAAAAAGACUUUGAAUAUCGAACCUGCUUUUAGCAGCAGCAAUAAUAAUAAUAAUGGUAACAGUAAUAAUAAUAGUAGUAGUAAUAAAAAUUGGAAUAAUAAUGGUAACAGUAAUAAUAGUAGUAGUAGUAAUAAAAAUUGGAAUAAUAAUGGUAACAGUAAUAAUAACAAUAAUAAUAAUAAUAGUAGUAGUAGUAAUAAAAAUUGGAAUAAUAAUGGUACUGAAGGUAAGGAAGUAGGAUCCCUAAAUAAUGGUUACUAUAAAAAUGAGAUAAAAAGAGAAGAUACUGGCAAGAACAUACUUAAUAGUAAUGUAUCAAUUUUAAAAGACAGUUGUGAAAAUAGUUAUUAUCAAAAUAAGAAUGAAAAAAAUAGUAUGUAUAAUUCUAAAAUUGAUAAGUUGGAAUCGUCUUAUAAUAGCAAUGGUGAUAUUUUAAAAAGUCUUAAGCAAAAAAAUGAAAAAUAUAAUGUGACCCCUGAUAAUACAGAUGCAGAUAUGGAAAAUACGAGAAGCGCUAAUGAAUUACUCAGAGAACAAUUUAUUCAAAAAAUUAGAAAAGAAAAAGCUGGAAUAUUAAAUAGAAUGAGUUCUUUAUAUAUGAAAAAUGAUGUAAUGGGAACAGUUGGUAGCGAAAUGAAUAACAAUAAGAGGGAAUUAGUCAAGGCUAUUAUAAAUAAUUAUUAUAAAGAAAAGGGGCUAAUAGAAGGUAAAGAAAUUAGAGAGAAAGGGAAACCAGAAAAUUCUGUAGAUGCUCGAGUAAAUUCAGAAAGCACAGAAGAUAUAGCAGAAAGGAGAUACAAAUUGAAACAAAUUUUGAAUGGAGGAAUGAAAAAUAUGGAUUUAGAAAACGAUACUAUGAAUAAAAUAAUAAAUAAGAAUAUAAUUAAUAAAAUAAAUCACCAUGAAAUGAAUAAAGGUAUUAAUAAUAUUGGAAGUAAUAUGAAAAUUGGGGAUAUGAUGACUCCUAAUAAAACCACAAUAAAUAAUGAUGAAAAUAUAAAAAUAUUAAAUAGAAAAAAUAUGAAUAUACCCAAUAUAAAUAAUUAUAAAGAAAAAAUAAAAGAAAAAGUAAAUUCUCAAAAUGUAGAAUGUGUAAAGGAGAAACUAGAAAAUGGAUUUUUAAAGAAUAAUAAUUCAGGUAAAUUUUUAUUAGACUUAAUUAAAGGAACUAACAAAAAGAAAAUGACGGAUGAAAAUGUUUUCGAUUCGAUUAAUAACUAUAAUAAGAAAUGUAUGCCAGAAAAUAUCAAAAUUUUAAGCGAACAAGAUAUAUUAAGUAAAUACUACAAUAGGGAAAAUACUAAGGAUAAUAUAAAUAAUAAUGUUGAUGCUGUGAAUUAUGCUAUUAAUAAAGUUGGUUGGCAAAGGAAUGCUAAAGAUGAACAAAUAAGGAAUAAAAAACAUGACGAUAUUGAAUUUGUAUCUAAAAGCAAUAAUAGUAAAAACACACACACUUCUUCUAUUAAUACAAAUCAUAAUUUUAAUGAAAUGGCUAUGAUUGAAAAGCUAUCGAAGCAUUUAAACAGUUAUAAUCCUUACGAAUGA